AUGAGACGACUGACAGCUUUAGCAGUGGCUGCGUUGUGCUUCGCAAUAUGUGUGUGCACCACAUCCGUCGGUGACCAUCAGGUCGUGCUCAUCUCGGACAUCCACUUCGACCCGCUUUAUGGCACCAAAAAGGCGUUCAAGUGCACGAGUAACUCUAGCCCUACUUAUGGGAUGCCAGGCUGCGACUCGCCACUGCAGCUGAUGGUGCGUACCCUGGCCGACGUGUCGGCGCAGAACCCGAGCUUGGUGCUUUACUCUGGCGACUGGCAGCGGCACAAGUUUUCCAGUAGCAGUCUGGCUCCUGCCGCCAUUUUCAAGGACAUGUCGGAGCGCUUCCGCAAUGUCACGGUGGACGGCUCACUUGGCGCGGUUGCCUUCAGUGGGGCACUGGGCAACAAUGAUGUCGUGCCCGACUACUAUUAUUCGUGGGAGAGCGAGGCCUCGGAGGAGGAGCUGGCGCACCGCGUGGCGGCGAUGCGCGACGCCGCGCUUUUGAGCGCUGCGGAGGCUUCCGUGAUGAAAGGCUGCGGUUACUAUACACAUACGAUGGACAGGGUACAUGUGAUUGUGCUGCACACGCUAUUGUGGGCGUACGAUCUUCGGCCUCCGCUGCCCUCCAACGUCAGCGACCCGUGUAACCAGUUUUCUUUUCUGCGGAGUGAGCUGGCGAAGGUGCGGGCAGCUAGCAAGCGAGCGAUCAUCAUGGGACACAUCCCCCCUGGCUUGAACACGUACUAUAUGCUUAAACGCGGCUUUGACUCUGUAGCGAACGACAUGUUCUGGAAGGAGCAAUAUGAGGCGACCUACGAGAGCAUCAUCCGCGAGUACAAGGACCUCGUAGUGGUGCAGUUGUUCGGGCAUUCACACAAGUUCAAGCUGCUCACGAUGCCACGACAUGGCGUACUGGGCAUCAUCAUCCCAUCCAUCUCACCCAUCUUUGGCAACUACCCGUCCUACCUGAUGGCCAACUUCAGCGAAGCCUGGGAACUGGAGGAUGUGCAAAGUCGCUACACCACUGGUGAUGGCGUAUUCCACUCCGCACUCUCUGCCAAGGCAGUGCUCAGCCUCAAUACUGGGCUGCAUUCUGUUGCCGAUGUGCGAGCGGCCAUCACUCUGUUGGGGACAGACGAUGCGAUGUGGGACCGUUUCCUCACUGUGUUCUGCGGUGGCCAGAAACGCCCUGAACUGCUCCCUCACGAGAAGUGCGACAAAAAAUGCCGCUACAUCGUUGUCUGCUCGAUGCUAGAGAACAACCACACGGAUUUUCAGCGCUGUGUGGCCAAUUAUAGCAUUCUGCCAGGACCUUCGCAGGACACUAGAACCAAGGUCUUGGUGGCCGUCAUAGUCCUUUGUUCGCUGUUCGUGAGUGGGGCAAACGUGGUGCUGCUGCUCAUGAUCCGCAGUGGACAGACAACGCUGUCGUGUUCCAACAUGAAGAGCGCCAUCUGGUGGAAGUCCCUUUUCUCGAAGGAGGAGGACAACACCACCUUCGUGGUAGAGCAUGAGCUGGGAGAAUGUCGCACGGUGGUUUAG